AUGGCUGACUACGACAGCCGCACGCCGCUGCAACUGGCAGUAGCGGGGGGGCACAACAAACUGCACCUGACAGCAGCGGGGGGACACAACGAUCUGGUGCUGCUGCUGCUGCUGGAGGGUGCGGACGUCAACGCUGUUGACAACUUUGGCACCACACCUCUCCUCGAGGCACUGCGAGCCGGCCACGAUGAGGCGGCCGCCAUUCUCGCCAGCAAGGGAGGCACCGUGGGGCUGCAGGUGUGUGCUUGGGGUGGCUCGCUUGAAAGCUGCUGUUCGCUCCCCGCUGCACAUCGCCGCCAUCAAAGGCCACCUGCACGUCGCCCGCCGUCUGCACCCAUCCGCACAUGCGUCUCUCACUCCCGCCUCUCUCUCCUCUCUUGCCUCUCUCUCCUCUCCCUCUUCUCUCCCCUCUCAAUCUUCACUCACCCACAGGAGCCAGGACCUGUCCUCUGUGCGGCAGUAGCAGCAGCGGACACAGAUUUGCUGCAGCACGUGCUCUCCGACGGGGUGCAUCCCAGCGCGAGUGACUAUGACCAGCGCUCCCCGCUGCACAUCGCCGCCACCAAAGGCCACCUGCACGUCGCCCGCCUACUCGUCGACCACCACGCUGACGUGGCAGCAUGUGAUAGCCCCACAGUAUCCCCAUCCCCCUCUGCAGUGAGGCAGCUUCUCAGGGAGGUGGGUGCAGGAGAGGCGGCUGGAGGGUUGGAGGAUGGUGGGGAGGAAAGUGGUGGGGAGCUGGUGGUGGGGCGCGAGAGAGGGGGUGUUGUUGAGGGGUUGUCCAGGGACAGGAGCUAG